UUUUUUACUCUAAUAAUUCCAAUUCAAUAUUUAUAAAAUUUUAUUUUGAAUAGUUGUCGAAAUGGAAAUGUAUGACGAGGUAAUUGAAGUGAAAAAACGCCCAAAACCAGAGAGUCGUGUAAAUGUGGAGCAAAGUGGUUCAAGUAAGCCAAUUAUUGAGCCAGUAGUUGAUGAUUCGAAGCGAACAACCACAAAACGGCCAACAAGUUCAUUACCUCGCAAAAGUGCCAAAGCCACUGUUGAGCGAUUAACUUCAGAAAGUGAAAGCAGCGAUACCGGAACGGACGAUGCAAAAGCGAUUGUUGAUGGCUUUGAUUACAGACAAUGGGAAAAUUUGGAUGUUCCACCAGAAAUCAAGGAUUUAUAUCAAUAUAUUGCAAGAUACUCGGCUCCCAAAUACGAGUUAAAAUAUCAACUUAUGCCAUUCAUACCGGAUUACAUACCGGCUGUGGGGGACAUUGAUGCAUUUUUAAAAGUUAUUCCGCCGGAACCAUUCACAAAGGAUAGUAAAUUGCCGGAAUUCAUUUCGAAAUUAGGCCUUGAAGUUCUCGACGAACCAUGUGGUGCUCAGAGUGAUCCAGCCUUGUUACAUAUGAAACUGAGAGCAGCAUCAACAUCGAGCAAUCGUGCACCUGCUCCGCCUCCGUCAGUUUCUAAAUCAUCAAAAGAUGUUGAAAAAUGGAUUAAUGAGGUGCAAGCAUUACAUGCCGAUCAACCGUAUCCAACGACGGUUACACAAAAUCGUUCUGCACCAGAUAUUGACGCAUUGAUGAUUGAAUGGCCAUCGAAAUUUGAAUCAUGUCUUCAAUCGGUCGGAUUUCCAAGCGCACAAUUGAAUUGUUCGCUUACAUUUUACAUUGAAACAAUGUGCGCACUGCUCGACAUACCACUACCACCGAUUAAAAACCAAGCCGACUACUUAUUUGCUCUUAACACUUUAUUCAAUUUAUAUUUAGCCGUCAAAAAUCCAAUUGAAUGAGUU